AUGACCAAACGAGCCUAUACAACUAUGCAUGACUGGUUAACUGACAACAAAAAAGCCCAACAUGAUGGCGAGAAUGAGGUAUACGCUCGGUGGCAUAGCGUUGGCAAUGAUCUUAUGGUCUUUGAUUUCGGUAACAUUAAUCAUUGUGCAGAUAUAGCAGCUUUUGAUUUUGAUGGUACUGUGGUAGUAACGAAAUCAGGGAAAGUAUUUCCUGAAAAUGAACAUGACUGGCAGUUUUUCUGCGAAUCUAUACCACAAGUAUUGGCCGACAUUGCUGGAAAAAAUUUCAAAGUGGUGAUUUUUACAAAUCAACGAGGCAUACAAAGAAACUCUCAAUAUCGUGAUGCCUUCUGCAGAAAAGUGGAAAAAGUUUGUCAGCAAAUCAAGCUUCCCAUACAGGUAUUUGUUUCUUUGGGAACACUACGGUACCGUAAGCCAUACAUUGGUAUGUGGAAUUACUUUGAAAAUCAUGGAAAUGGCGGUAUUUUAAUCAAUCGGGAGACAUCAUUUUAUGUUGGUGACGCUGCAGGUCGCAUACAGACGAAUAUUCGGAAGAAAAAAGAUCAUUCAGCUGCUGACCGUUUAUUUGCUUUGAAUUUUGGUAUUAACUUCUUCACACCAGAACAAUAUUUCUUGAAGCAGAUGGAAGUUGAAGAUUUUACUUUACCGUUUUUUUCAUCAUCAUCUCUGUUGGAUGAGAAAGUUAGCUUAUUUGAUCCAGAAAAUACCCCGAUACCAGGUAAUGGUUUGGAAGUGCUUAUAUUCGUUGGCUAUCCCGGAUGUGGUAAAAGUAGUUUAGCUCAAAAAUUAGCUGCAGAAUAUGGAUAUGGUAUAGUGAAUCGAGACACAUUAAAAACUUGGCAGAAAUGUGUCGAGCACGCAGAAAUUCUUUUGAAGCGGCAACAAAAUGUUAUUGUUGACAAUACUAAUGCUAACAGAGAAUCGAGGAAACGAUAUAUCAACCUUGCUAAAUCAUUUGGGGCUGGUUCGAGGUGCUUUUUAUUCAAAUGUACAUUAGAACAAGCAUCACAUAAUUGCAAAUAUCGUGUUAUCGUUGGUACCGAUGAAAAACAUGUUGAAAUUGGCCGAAUGGCACUUCAUAAUUACAAAAAAAACUUUGAAGAACCGAAAUUAUCAGAAGGAUUUUCAUCAGUUGUGAAAGUAAAUUUCGUACCGGAAUUUGAUUGCCGUGAACAUGAAGCAAUAUAUCGGAUGUAUUUAUGUGAUUCCUGA